AUGUUCUUUCAACUCUGCAUACGGGCGAUUGGAAACGGAGAUGAUCCCAACCACCGAUCUCACUGGGGAUUCAUUUUCUAUACACCGGGAGAGGACUACGGUGACCUCUACCACGUACAAGUGAUAGACCUGCCGAGGCUCUGGUAUCAAGCGGACACUCGUCAGGCCGUCAAUAUCAAAGAGCAGCAAGCGGUUGGGAUGUGCAGAAUCGCGCUUCUGGACACCAGACUCCGCGCACACGCUGUUCAGGUCAUCCAGGGCGAGCCAGCCCCCAGGGACGGCAAAAGUCGUUGUCAAGAUUGGACGGUCCAGGUUUUGAUUUCCCUCGAGGCGGAAGAACUGGUCGAACCUGGAACUGCUGAAACAUGGAGUAAGAGGGUUGGGAUGAAAGCAAAGGAUCUUGCAGAAGACUGUGGCAACGACUGGAUUGUUCUCUGCGACUGA